UCUGUAGAGAGAGAAAGGGAGAGAGAAGUAGAAGGCUACAAAACUGGAGCUCCGAUUCAGUUUCCUCUCACACAAAGAAUUAGUAGAACAAACAGAGGGGCUUGAAGAUCUCUGCGGCUAACAAUGGCGACCAAUGCGACGGUGACCGGUGCUUGUCCGGCGGUCAUGAAGGCCACCUCUAAUGGCGUCUUCCAAGGCGAUAAUCCUUUGAAUUAUGCUCUCCCUCUCGCCAUCCUUCAGAUUUGUCUCGUCGUCCUCCUCACUCGACUUCUUUCCAUUCUUCUCCGCCCCAUUCGUCAGCCUCGUGUUAUUGCUGAGAUUGUCGGCGGGAUCUUACUGGGUCCGUCGGCGCUGGGCCGGAACGUGAAUUACUUGCACACAAUCUUUCCGGCGAGGAGUCUCACUGUAUUGGACACGUUAGCCAAUUUGGGUCUUCUCUUCUUCCUGUUUCUGGUGGGGUUGGAGUUGGACCCAAAAGCUCUCCGCCGCACCGGAAAACGAGCGAUGUGCAUUGCCUUUGCCGGAAUCACUCUCCCGUUUGUCUUUGGCAUCGGCACCUCAUUUAUACUCCGAUCAACCAUCUCCAAAGGCGUCAAUCAAGGCGCACUCCUCGUCUUCAUGGGUGUAGCUCUUUCCAUCACUGCAUUUCCUGUUCUGGCUCGAAUUUUGGCUGAGCUUAAGCUUUUAACGACGGAUGUUGGCCGGAUGGCCAUGUCUGCUGCCGCCGUAAAUGACGUUGCUGCAUGGAUUCUUCUAGCAUUGGCGAUUUCACUCUCCGGCACCGGACACUCCCCUUUGGUUUCCUUAUGGGUUUUUCUCUCUGGCUCUGUUUUUGUCGUGAUCUGCAUCUUCUCUGCUCCACCUCUGUUCCGGUGGAUGUCGCAACGCUGCUCCGAAGGCGAGCCGGUGAAGGAGUUGUACAUUUGUGCUACUUUGUCUCUGGUUUUGGCGGCUGGGUUCAUUACGGAUUUGAUCGGAAUCCAUGCCUUGUUCGGAGCUUUCGUCAUCGGAGUUUUGGUUCCGAAAGAAGGCCCAUUCGCCGUCGCUCUAGUGGAGAAAGUUGAAGAUCUCGUGUCGGGUCUUUUUCUUCCAUUAUACUUCGUUUCCAGUGGGUUGAAAACAGAUGUUGCAACAAUUCGAGGAGCUCAAUCAUGGGGUCUUCUCGUUCUAGUCAUUUUCAAUGCUUGUUUCGGUAAAAUCAUCGGAACUGUCUCUGUUGCUCUGCUCUGCAAAAUGCCAUUUAAAGAAUCAGUAGCUUUGGGGGUUUUAAUGAACACCAAAGGAUUGGUGGAAUUAAUUGUUCUUAACAUUGGAAGAGACAGGAAGGUUUUGAAUGAUCAAUCAUUUGCGAUUAUGGUUCUAAUGGCGAUCUUCACAACGUUCAUAACAACCCCUGUUGUUAUAGCUGUUUAUAAGCCGGAGAAAAAACAGAGCAAAUCAAAUUACAAACAUAGAACACUCGAAAGAGAGAAUCCCAAUUCUGAGCUUCGAAUUCUUGCUUGUUUCCACUCAUUUAGCAACAUUCCGGCGACGAUUAAUUUAAUCGAGGCAUCCCGAGGGAUUGAAAAGAAGGAAGGGCUCUGUGUUUAUGCUCUGCAUUUAAUGGAGCUAACAGAGCGAUCCUCUGCCAUUCUUAUGGUUCAUAAAGCAAGGAAGAAUGGCGUACCCUUUUGGAACAAAGGCCGUGCCGAUUCGAACCAGAUCGUCGUUGCCUUCGAGGCAUUCCGACAGCUCAGCCGUGUUUCAAUCCGGCCAAUGACCGCCAUUUCUGCUCUGUCCAACUUGCAUGAAGACAUCUGUAACAGCGCCGAGACGAAAAGGGCCGCCAUUAUUAUUCUCCCGUUUCACAAGCAUCAAAGAUUGGACGGAUCAUUGGAAACGACAAGGACUGAUUACCGGUCGGUCAACCGAAAAGUUCUGGAACUAGCCCCCUGCUCUGUCGGAAUUUUGAUCGACAGAGGCCUCGGUGGUGGGGCCCACGUCUGCGCUAGUAAUGUCUCUUCUACUGUUACCGUGUUUUUCUUCGGCGGUCGUGACGACCGUGAAGCUCUGGCAUUUGGGAAAAGAAUGUCAGAGCAUCCGGGAAUCAGCCUACAUGUCGUCCGGUUCUCCCCCAGCGCCGAUUUCGCGGCGGAAUCCGUCACCGUCGAUGUAAGAGACAACGGUUCCACCGAUUCCGAUGCCGAUAAAAGGGCAUUGGCGUCGAUUGUAUAUGAAGAGAGAUACGUGACGAAAGGGAGCCAAGCCGUUGAAGCGAUGAAGGAGUUUAAUAAAUGUAAUUUGAUUUUGAUCGGAAGAAUGCCGGAAGGGGAAGUGGUGAGGAGUUUGAAUAUGAAUGUUGUCGAGAGUUCGGAACUUGGGCCGGUCGGCGGCGUGUUGGCGUUGCCGGAGUUUUCGACGAUGGCGUCGGUGCUGGUGGUGCAGCAGUUUCAUGGUGAUUUACAGUUGAUGGCGGAUUCGAGUUCCAAAGGGGAAUCAACCGAGGAAGAACGUUGAAGAAAGAAUCCAUUUUUAAAAAUGGGAUUUUGAAAUUUAUAGAUUUUAUAUUAUAUUUGAUUCCAAUCAUUUUUGUCUUAUUAUAGAUUUGGGAUU